AUGGCAGGUAGAUUACUAACCAACGAAUCUGCUAGUAUUUAUGAGGAUUUUCAACCCCAAGUUGAACGAAAGGAAGAGCAAGGAGCAAAUAUUCUACUUAUUCAUCUUCCGGGUUUUCCAAAGGAGCAAAUUAGAAUCACCUACGUUGAAUCCUACCGCACGAUUAAAGUGCAGGGAGAACGAGCACUUGAGAAGAACAGACGAAGCCGUUUGAAUCAAAGCUUCCCUGUUCCACAAAAUUGUAUCAUAGAAAAAAUUCUGGGUAGUUUCAGAAAUGGUGUUCUUACAGUCACAAUGCCUAAACAGACAAUUGCCCAUGUCGGUUCUAUAAAAGAUGCAAAUACCACCAAAGAAACUACACCUUCAAAAGCCAUGAGCCCGCAAAAGCCCAUGAAGGACCAAAAUAAAACUACUACUAUGCUCAAAGCUGCAGCUUCAACAUCUGGUGUUGAAAAAGAAAGAGACAAAAAAUUACUGCCUCCACAAACCCCUCAAAAAGCCAUAACUGAGCCUAAAGCACCAACGGAAAUGGGUCCUCAACAAAAUGCUACUCCAAAAGCCGCACAGACUAAUGGGAACAAGGUUGAUGCUUUGCUGCCAUUAAAGCAACAGGAAGAAACACAAAAGAAAGCUGCUCCCAUUGCAACUACCGCAAAGCAAACCGAAGAAAAGACUGGUGCGGGCUCUACCUCUACAGCUGAAAUUGUUGAGAAAAAGGAUGAAAGCAAAGUGGUUAAAGAAAAGGAAAGCGGAAAGACUAAAGAUUCCACCAUGUACGAAAUCAAUAUUCCGAAGAUUUUGGAGAAGGGAAAGAACGAUGAUAAAGCUGGUGGUCCCGUAGAAGAGAAGCCAAAGGAGCGUGGUAGCAGCUUCCUGGAAAAAGCCAAAGAAAUGAAAGUUAUGGACACCAUAAUGAAGACUGCAAAGAGACUUGCCACGGACGAUUAUGAAGAUCGGAUGUUGCUGAUUAAUAUAGGGGUGUCUGUUUUGGUGAUUGCAGCACUUGGGGCUUAUAUCACCUACAGCUAUCGAUCAUCUGGAAAAGCCAAAGACUAGUGCUUCGUAAAAGAAAAAAAAG